GUGUUUUCUUCAAUCUUUUCGUGGAAGUUCAUCAACAAAAAAUAAAUAAAAAGAAGGUUUAAUUAAACUAAAUUUGUAAUUGAUAUAAAUAAUACAAUGAGUGAUUCGGAAGAAGAUAAUCCAACCUCAAAGACUGGUCCAGUCGAUGAUGCUUGGAACAUGAAAAUUCCUGAGUUCAAACCAGAAGAUAACCCUCAUCGGCUACUGAUAGAGAGCUCUUUUGCUACACUUUUCCCUAAAUACCGGGAGCAAUAUAUCAAAGAAUGUUGGCCUCUGGUUCAGAAAGCAUUAGAAAAAUAUGGAAUUAAAGCAGAAUUGGAUCUAGUUGAAGGAAGUAUGACUGUAAAGACCACAAGAAAAACAUGGGAUCCUUAUAUAAUUAUUAAAGCGAGGGAUAUGAUCAAACUAAUAUCACGUUCAGUCCCUUUUGAGCAAGCAGUGAGAGUUCUUCAAGAUGAUAUAGGCUCUGACAUUAUCAAAAUAUCAUCGUUAGUUAGAAAUAAAGAAAAAUUUGUUAAAAGAAGACAAAGAUUGAUUGGGCCAAAUGGAUGUACUCUCAAAUCUAUUGAAUUAUUAACUAAUUGUUAUGUGCUUGUUCAAGGACAAACCGUAGCUGCUUUAGGACCCUAUAAAGGAUUACAACAAGUUCGAAAAAUUGCAGAAGAUACUAUGAAAAAUAUCCAUCCAAUUUAUAAUAUAAAGGCAUUGAUGAUAAAAAGAGAGUUGGCAAAAGAUCCAAAAUUAAAGGAUGAAAAUUGGGAACGAUUUUUACCUAAAUUCAAGAGUAAAAAUAUAUCGAAGAGGAAAGAACCUAAAGUUAAACGAGAAAAGAAACCUUACACUCCAUUCCCACCACCACAGCCAGAAAGUAAGAUUGAUAAACUCAUAGCUAGCGGAGAAUACUUCUUAUCAGACGCUCAAAAGAAUGCCAAAAAGAAGAAGGAACAGGAUGCCAGACAUGCAGAAGCUAUGAAGAAGAGAGAAGAGCGUAGAGCGCAAGCAUUUGUUCCACCUGAAGAAACGGAAGUACCUAAAACUAAAAAGAGGAAAAAUGAUAUAAAUAUUGAGGAAAUCAAAGAAAAAGUGAAAAAAAGUAUCAAAAAGAAACAGAAGAUGAAGUAAAUAAUG